AUGGUCUUCUUCCUGAGCCACAUCCGAGAUGUGUUUGCCAGGUCGCAUUCACGAAGCCAAGAGAUACUGCUGUCAAGAAGAGCUUUUUUCCGACUUUUGGGCUAUUUGGCCAGUUGUGUGUUGUUUUCGCUAAUAGCACAAGACCACGUAUAG